UUCAGGACGCAGGGCUGGCCCUCUGAAACAGAAACCUCCCGGAGUUCGUUCACUCACCUACAGUUCGGCAGCAACCACAGCCGGUUCACACAGCCAGAGUUCAACAGGAUCCACCUAUGUCUGUACGUGCUACAAGGAGGAAAACAGUUUUAAGGGAGAACUGUUCGGAGGAAAAUGAUGGCGGUGUGAAGAGGAGAAAACAGCGUAGGACGACUGGGAGAAGAGCGAGACAGAGGACUAAAAAGUCAGGCAUGGGAACAGGUACCUCACAAGAAGAGGGUCUGAUUGAUGCCCCCAGUCAAGACUGUACCGUUUCACAGGAGCCAAAUGUCCUCUUCAAGGAGCCAGAUGUCAUUGUGAAGUGCCCGGACUGCUCCUCCUCACUGAAGCCCAUAACAAAUGCGUCUGGACUUGUCACACCUCUGCUCCUGUGCCUACGGUGUCCAGGGGCCCGUCUGCUGUGUGGCCACUGCCUGUACCCGUGCACAGCGAACGGCGGUGUCGCUGCCUGUACCAACAAGUCCUGCCAGCUCGUUGCCACACUGCUCACAUGUGAGCUAGUGAUGGACCCUGAGAGCAAGGUGUCCGGAUGCCCUCUGUUCCGUGCCUGUCCCAAGUGUCACAAUCUCAUGAUGCAUGAGAAAGGGUGCAAGUAUGUGACAUGCAAACACUGCAAACACAGAUACUGCUUCAUGUGCCUGUGCGACAGUGCAGAGUGCAUGAAAGACAGGGGUAUGUACUUCCUCCUGCACUGCUCCCAACCCAGAGCUGGCAGGCAGAGGUUCCACACAUGAGCAGCUGUGUACACAGCCUCUCAGCAGCAGAGCCAGCCACUCUGAGCCCAUCAAUUACUGGACGUGACUGCACGCAUGUAAUCGUUUCAUUAGAGGGACCACAUCACUCUAUGAUUUGGGCAACUAACCGCUGGAUGAAAAACACAAUGCACUGAGGUGUUCUUGUUUUUAAAGACAGGAACUAAAACUGCACAUCCGAACAUUACUAGCGAUGUGCUUCAUUACAUAGUUAUAA